AUGGGCGGUGGCGGUGGUGGUGGCGGCGGCGGCGGCAGUACAAUUGGCGGUGGCAGCGUGCUGGGCGGACACGGUACUCUAAUGAGCACAGCGGGUAUGAGCAAUAGUACGGUUGGCGGCGGUGUUGGUGUUGGGGCUCCUCCUGGCAGUAUGUUGCACGGUGGCGGUGGCGGUGGCAUCGGCGUCGGUACGCCUGGUAAUAUGAGUAUGCCUGGCGUUUAUGGCAAUGGUAAUGGCGGUGGUGGUGGCGUUCCAAUGGGACCGGGUGGGGGCAAUGGCGGCGGGGGCAAUGGACCAAGUACGGCGCCCGGUUCGGUGAUCGAUUCACGCGCGGUGUCCGUGGUCGUUACGUUGCCCGGUGGGCCGGGCGCGCAACACCCCGGGCAGGCGCUGAGCGACUAUGGUCCUAUAUAGUUAAUGGUACGACCAGAUACAGCGCACUGGGUGUCCACGAGCAGUUUUUCGCAGCUGUAAAUGAGCACAACCGCAACGAGAUGGUGAAGAGAGAGAGAGAGUUAGUAUGUGGAAAUUAGAAACUAGAAAAGAGAGUGAGUGAAGAGCGCAAUUUGCUAUUGGUAGAGGUAGAAGUAGGUGUAAAACAUGUGCUCUUUUGUGAUCUUCAAUAUAACAUCUGGCAGGUGUUGCGCUCAUUUCCAGCAUUGCAUUUUUUAAGUUUAUGCACUUUUGAGCUUUAAAGCUGUUGAAAACUUUAUGUAGGAAGUGAAAAGUUGUAAGAAACAAGUCGCCAUAUUACUUUCUGCUAUUUUAUAACUGUAAAAAAUAUGUUUAAAUACUUGAAUGGUAAAUUUAAUGAAUAAAAAUAUAAAUUACAAAAAUCUAUAUUAUAAUAAAACCACAAACUAAAAGCAAGCUAAACUACGUAAUUCUAGUCCAUUUUCAAUGAAAGCAAAAAACAUAAAAAACAAAAAAAAAUACCUUAAUGGAAAUGAAUGAAAAAAAAAACAAA